AUGGUGGCUGCGAAAAAGACGAAAAAGUCCCUGGAGUCGAUCAACUCGAGGCUCCAGCUUGUUAUGAAAAGCGGGAAAUAUGUGCUGGGGUACAAGCAGACUCUGAAGAUGAUCAGGCAAGGAAAAGCCAAGCUGGUCAUCCUCGCCAACAACUGCCCAGCCUUGAGGAAAUCUGAAAUAGAGUACUAUGCGAUGUUGGCCAAAACUGGUGUCCAUCACUACAGUGGCAAUAAUAUUGAACUGGGCACAGCAUUUAGUGUUAAUGAGAGCGCGGCAGACGUGGUGACAAGACUUUUGGGCUAA